AUGGCUUCGGCUCAACUCUCUCAAUUUACUACACACAUGUUUUCAAUUCCUUCAAUCCCAAAAAAUCAUUCUAAUACCGUGUUCCCUAUAGCUAUUCCUUUAUAUCAAAAUAAUAAAUUUCCUAAUAUUUCUAAACCAUUGGAAACGCGAAAAGACCCUACUUUCUUAAAUAUUAGAAAUGAUAAUCUUAAUAAUGUCUCUAAUUCUUCUUCGCGGUCCCUUCCACGCGUCGUUUUUAGUGCUCAUUUUUCUCCUCAGAGAACUAUCUCCCCUAGUGAGUUCUCUUCAAGUCCCGCUUCAUAUAGUUCUGCUGAAGAUGAUAUCGGUUCUAAUGAACAAGAUGCUAUAUCAACCCUUGCAUCUUUGGCUAUAGUUGCGAGAAAAAUGCAUCCUUCUCCUGUAUUUUCUGUUGCAAGUAGUGUCGGCUCUAGUCCGCCGUCAAGUCCUUGUUCUGCCAGUCCUCGUCGUUCUUCUAGAAAACCAAAACCAAGUAGUCGUACUAAAGAGCAAAUAAUGGGUAAACGUCGUUUAUCCGGUCCUGCUACGCGUCUAAGAAAACAUAAAUCUGCUAUUUCUGAAGAUGAUGAAAAAGAACUUUAUUAUCGUAUGCGCGCUGCUCCAAUACCAAUUGCUCUUGAUGCUCCUUUUACUAAACCUAGACGUAUUCCAUUAACUAAUCCUCAUGGUGUUAUUGGUUUUGGUGGUUAUAAUUCCGUUCCUUCAAAAAAUCAAAAUUAUCCUAUUCCUCCUUCAAAAACUUCUAUAAUAGCUUCUUGGUCUCCUUAUCAACGUAAAAUUUUUACCGCUUCUUACUUGAAACAUGGAAAAGACUUUCCUUUGAUUGGUAAACAAGUACAUAAAACUACUGCUGAAGUCGUAGAAUUCUAUUAUCUAAUUAAACAUAGUCCUGAAUUCAGAAUGGCAAAGGCUAUGAAAAAAGAAUUGGAACUAUAUGAAGAAGACCUUAAUAAAUUCGAUGCUCAUGUUAAAGGUCUCGCAAAAAUGGCCUAUGGAAAAAAAGGUGGCCGAAAAAAGAAGUCUCUUCGUAAUUAA